UAACCCAAAAAAUAUCUGUAGAGAGAGAGAGGAACAGGGAGGCAAAUAUACACCCAAAUAUCAUUGUCCUUUUUUCUGCCUCCAACUAAAUUCCAACAACAAUUAAUUAUAGAUUAAUCCAAAAUAUUAGUUAUUAUACAAAAACAAUUUUGGAAGGUGAUAAGGAAGGAGCGUGAAAUUAGUAAUUGGAUUUAAAAGUUUUAGAGGAACGUGAUUUGAGAUGGCAAAAUUGUAUGUUCAGGCGGUGCCGCCGACGGAUCUGAAUCGGAACACGGAGUGGUUCACGUACCCCGGUGUGUGGACCACCUACAUCCUAAUAUUGUUCUUCUCGUGGUUGAUUGUGCUCUCUGUUUUCGGUUGUUCCCCUGGCAUGGCGUGGACAAUUGUUCAUCUCUCCCAUUUCCUCGUUACUUAUCACUUCUUUCACUGGAAGAAGGGAACACCAUUUUCAGAAGAUCAGGGUAUCUACAAUAGGUUGACUUGGUGGGAGCAAAUAGAAAAUGGCAAGCAGCUGACUCGUAAUAGGAAGUUUUUGACAGUCGUACCUGUGGUGCUGUACUUAAUAGCCUCUCACACAACGGAUUAUCAACAUCCUAUGCUCUUCUUCAACACGCUAGCUGUUUUCAUUCUGGUAGUUGCCAAGUUCCCACAUAUGCACAAGGUUCGCAUCUUUGGCAUUAAUGCCGAUCAAUGAGCUGAGAUCCAUUCAGUCCAGGCUUACCACUGUUAUUGGCAUUAAUAUUUGCAGCAUUUUGGUGUGUUUGCAAUACUGCUACGUUGGAACAGGGAACCGAACUAUACAUCACUCUGUACAAGUUGAACUUAUAAAUUCGAAUGUUUUUUCUUACUUUGUGAAAGUUGCAGAAAGAAAGUAAUCCCUUUUUGUUCUGAUGGAGUUGAUGCUAUAAAUGUCAUUUUCUAUAUGAAAACAGUUUUUGCCUU